CAACAAACCAUUUCAGCCCAAUUCCUCAGCUGAAAAUGCGGUGUCUCCCAACAUCCAAAAAUAGGUUCUAGUGCACAAAGUUAUCUGCUGAUAAGGCUCAACGUCCUUCGCAAUCAGUCAUGCAGGGCAACACAAGCUAGUCUCCUCGAUUUUCGUCAAAAAUUCAGUGAGGGACAGUACCGCCGUGUAGUUUCUAGGACGCCAUCCAGCUGCCGAAGACGGAAUAACUCAAAUAUCUCACACUUUUGGAUCCGAAGCCAACUGGCAGCUAUGUCUUCGCCUUCAAGAGAAUCGAGUCCUGUUAGUACUUCCGAACCAGAGCAGAAUAGCAAGGAAUGUCGCGAGAAAUCUAUCACUUAUUGGAGAGGGGAAGUUGAACGACAACAAGCGUCUCAAACUUUGACGGAGGGUAACAAAUUGCUGGAGGCCAAGCUGUGGCUUGGGCGAGCAUACUUCAGAAAUGAGCAGUUCGACGAUGCAGAAUCCAUUCUUCAAGAUGUUCGAGGACAGAUGUUGAAGCUUUGGGGCUGGGCAGACCGCUACUCUCUCAUCUGUGUAACUCUCCUGGGAAAGAUAUUUCUGUCGAAUGAUAGGCUGAACGAGGCAUGUCGCCUCUAUGAGGAAGCACUGACUGGAGUCCGUCAUUCUCUAGGCUCGGAACAUCCUUGGACGUCUCAACUACAAAACAACAUUGCUUGCUUCUUCAUCCACAAAAAGGAUUUACCCGCCGCUGAAACCUUGCUUCGCAAGUCUUUGAGGGCGAAGUCAACCGUUUUCGGCCCCAAUCAUGGGAAUACAUUAAAAACUAAGUGUAAUUUGGCACUGGUAUCGUAUCUCCAAAACAAAGAAACGAACGAGUUGGAAUUAGUACUCCCCUCAGCUCUCAACUCCAUAAAAGAACAAUGGGGCAAGGAGAACAGAGAUACUAGGGCGAUUGUUAGACAACUCAUCAGUCUAUAUCUUGAGACCGGCAAUAGGGAAGGGGGCAAUCAGUUGUGUGAUGAAUUCAACAUAGAGGCAUCCACUGCUACCAAGGUUCUUGUUACACACUACGAUAAUUACAUCCCUACGGCACGCACUAUUUGUACCUUGCGCGAAGAGGAUCCGUUCCUUGAGCUAAGCAAACUCUUAUCAACACUGGGUCCACAGUAUUCAGAGAAAGCAGCUACCGCUCUCAAUUGGACUCGUGAAAAGAUCAUGAAAUGGACUGAGAUGAGCGUUUCAGAGUUCGCCGACCUAGUUGGACUCCCCGAAGUACUAGGAAUCACUCUGGGAUGCUUAACAGAUGCCAAAGAGCUGUUAAGAGAGGCUGCUAUACUUGGCCAUGAAGAAACAGUUAUCGCCCUUCUCGAGAAAAUGAGCAAGGUCAAAGGCGAGCAUGACGUGAAGCAGGAUAUAAUCGAGGCCCUUCAUUAUGGCUGCUUCUACGGGAACGAGUGGGUGGUCGGGAAUUGUUUGGCUUAUGUUCCUGUUGAUGCUGCGGAUAUUGAUGGGCAAACCGGCUUACACAAAGCAGCCUGCCAAAGAAAUUACUCGGUUGCAGCUGCACUUCUUGAGUUCGGUGCUGAUCUCGACAAACGAGACAAGUGGGGGAACACACCACUCGAUACUGCCAUUCAUAGGCAUUACCCAGAGACGAUCAGAUUAUUCAUGACUCACCGAGGUGCUUUAGUCGCAAGCUCAAGGCCAACUGUCGAGGUGCCUCUUACAGGAAUUUCCUCUCUCAAGGACCUGAAAGUUGACAAACAUAUUGGAAUGAAUGCCACUAUUGUGGAUUUCUAUAUUGAGACCAACAUAGAUGGAGACACAGUGGAAGAGCAUCGACUGGAGCAGAAACCAGUUGAAGCGCUUAUUUGGGAUGAAGAAAUUGGCUCUGAUGCAUCAAACGACAUGACAUCCGGAGAAGCUUCCCCAGACCCAGAUUUCAAAUGGAUACAUCUCCCAGCGAACAAUGUGAGAAACCGUCCUGCAUAUAUAUAUAUCGGAACCAACUGACUUGAUUAGAUGCUGUGGGUGGAGGCACUCAUGGCGAAGAUGUAUUCCGGUCCUAAAGAAGAUUUUUCGGCACAGAAUUUGCUGAAAAGAGAACUGUGGGACGAUAAGUUGCAUGAAU